CAAAUAAAAGCGCAACUCACGCUGGCCGCGAUAGAUCGCAAUCGGCUGCGUUUUUUAAGCAUAAUUAAUUACGUCAGUUGCGCGCGCUGUUUAUUCGAGCCAUCGCCGCUGCUGCGGCAUCCAUAGCAGUGGGCUGAUUUUGGGCUCACCGGUACGCCGUCGACGCCGCGGCGCAAACGCAAAAAUGCACGAUAGACAACAGCAGAGAUGACAGACGCAAAGGCGGAACGAUGGAAGCCCGAGGGCCACCCCAUGUUGGGGGUGCGCGGCAGCGUCGCUUUACUACAGUGCGCGACCACUCUAAUCUUGGUCUUCAGCGGCAUUAAUUGGAGCCAGACCAUCCCCCUGGCGAUGAUGCAGUUCGUGUCGGCCUGUACUUUAUUAGCACAGUGGGACAAGUCGGGACGGGACCACAUGUACGUCGUACGAGGCUGCGCGUCUUUAGUGAGGGCCAUCGUGGUCCUAAGAACGAGCGCCUGCGGCCGCGUCUUCCCGCCCUGGGCGGGCUGCGACGCCGAGCCCUGGCGCGGCCACGAGAAUGUGAGAUUGCCCUUCCGGUGCAUUCACGUGCUCGCUUGCGUGCGGCAGCUGGCGAACGCCUGGUCCCUGCUGAACCAGUACCAUCUCGUGGGCGACGGCGUCACGCCGGACAACGGGCAUCGCCAGCUCUGGAUCCGCGCGAGAAUACGCCUGGCAGGUGUGCCCAUCCAGUUAGCGCGCUUCGUCCUCAAAAUCGUUUUACUCGACGACACGCGGUAUGAAAGGGGCGACGUCGAGGUCGCCUGCAAUUUUGUACGGGCGGUGUUGCUGAUUCCGCUCAGCGCGUGGUCGCUGAACCACCAGUACUACACGUCCGGGAGCGAUCCGCCGCCUCGAAGCGUGCAGCGCGGCUGUGCGUGCCUCGAGCUCGAUCAUGUGGACUACAACCCGUCGGGCCAGGGCGGGUUACAUCGAGCGAAGUCCAAUGUCGGGUUGGGAGACGUGGAGUUGACCGAGACGCGACCCGCGGCGCCGGCCGACGACGCCGACGCGGAAACCCCUCGGUGACGCGUCGCCUCGCCGGCGCGGCGGGAGACGCCGUCGACGCGAGCAGCAAUUCACACUCCGACCGCCGCCGGCGGUGGAGCCUAAUUUUAU